AUGGGGGCUAUAUAUAUAAUUACCCUUUAAGAAAAUAAAUUCCCCCACAGAUUCGGCCUAAAGACUUGGCCCAUUAAUAUCAUAAAUUUCAGUCAAACAAUUGCAGCCCAACAGUAGAGGCCCAAUCAAAAAAUCAAUUACUGAAGCCCAACCCAUCUCUCUUUCUUUCUUUCUUCUCAAUAAUCGGCUGAUACCUUCUCUCUCUCUCUCUCGUUCUCGCUGUAUACAGAACAGCACCUCUCCCUUUCUCUAAGCUCUGGCGAGGCCGGAAUCCGGUCGUCAACGCGGCAUCCCCCUUCGCCUGACUCGCAACCUCUAUCUCUUUUCCCCUCUCUCACUCACGCCCUCUCUGGCGCACUCAAUCAAGGCGAAAGGGGCGAGCCCUAAUUCUCUUCUCCAUCAGAAAUCACCGCCGUUACCGAGCGAGGCCAUAGGCAUGAUUUCCUCCUUGGUUCUCUCUUCUCUCUGAUUUUCUCUAACGUAGCUCUAGUAAGGGUCGAGCCCUAGCUGUUCUCUGUUCGGUACAGCCCAACCGUCGUCAUCUCAAGAAAAAUCGGUGAGCUGCGAGGCCUAGAAUCCGCCCAUCGCUGCUGGUGGUUCGAGGAUCGGCGAGUCGAUAGCGUUCGUCGUCGUCGGUGUUGGAUCCCCCAACGCCGAUCGUGUUGUCGUGUCUUCCUUAACUGGGGUCACCGCGCUGUUGUUUCCCUGCAUCUGGUGAACGGAGCAGUCAUCCGUUGCUCCGUCGAUUCGCGGUGCCCUGCAACGCAGUCUCCAUUCUCGCCCAACUCUUCCAAGGUCCGACCCCAGCCAACAUAACCCGCACUCGAAUCAACAGAUUUGCUGGGAAAAAAAUCUUUUAAGUUUGGCAGAAGCUAAGAUGAACUCAUUGACUCUCUGUUAUUGGCGUGCAAAGAAAUGGAGAGGGAUUGUAUUGGCGUGCAAAGAAAUGGAGAGGGAUUGUUGCUGAUUCUUUAAAGGGAGUAGAGUUUGGAUGAAGACUUGAGUAUUGAUCCAUGGGAGGCUUGAGAAGAAGGGUCAAGUGUAGGGGGCUGAAUGAGCUAUUUUUGGAUGUAAAUUCAAAAGCACUAUAGUACCGGUCUGGGUUGGUUGUAAAUGAAAUGAACCGGUUUUCUGGGUUGAUUGGGUUGAUUUAAAUGAAAUGAACUAGUUAUCUAUCACUUUUGACGUGGCACUCAUCCAACGUCCCAGCCUACCACGUAUCAGCCUAGGAUAGACAUUUCCCUAUUUUUGUACCUCAACAGUUGAAGUAUGGUGGCUGAUAGUAUAUGUAUAUGGGCAGAUGGGUCCUCUGCGAUCCUUCAAAGGCUUGAUAGGAAUGAAAGAGUAGGGUAGCUGAAUGACAGCCGAAAUUGGUGCUGCAGAGCAGGGGAGGGAAUAGGCUACUGUUCUUGUACUUGCUUAAAUAUAUGACUUUGAUUUUGGUGGACUUGUAAUAGAGUUGGAAAAAAAAGUGGUGAGGUGACUAAUAAAACCUCUCAAUCUUGGUAAAUCUAUAUUUGAAAAACUAAUUUCCGUCUAGGCAAUAGAGCGCCAAAACAUAAGACGAUCUCGAGAGAGCAUGAGCUUGCAUCAAAUCAUCAUUUUUGAAGUAUUUAGCUUUAAAAACACGGGUGGAUACAAAAUCAUCCUCCAAGCAUGUUUCGCGGCUAAAGCUUUGUUUAAAAUCUUUAAAUCCAUGAACCACAUGCCUCUUUUUUGUUUCGACACACACAUGCGUUCUCACCUCGCCUAAUGCAUACAUUUUUUCUCCUCCUUGUCGCCUCACCAAAAUAUCAUACAUAUUUUAUGGAUAGUAUCCGGUAUUCUGAAGCAUUGCAUAGCAAAUGUUGGCAUCGCCUGAGCUACCGCCUUGAUAAGGACCUCUUUUUUCCCCCGCAGAGAACUUCCUUUGAUUCCAGCAUAAAAUUUUCUUCUCCAAUCUAUCAUUCAAAUACCCAAAUUGAAUUCCUUUUUGGCUUAAAGAGAAAGUAGGAAGGCCAAGAUAGGCAUUGCAUCCCACCUCCAGAAAACUUUAUAGGGUGGAGUGAUAUGUGUUUUAAGAAAAAAAUUGUUGGGUGUAUUGAGAGCGGGGAAAAGGUUGGUGAGUUGAGUCACUUGAGUGUAUUGUAAUUAUAGUCCAAAAAUAAAUAAUUUUUUUUUGUGAACGUCUCAAAAAGAAAAAGUAUGAAGAUCUUUUAUGGACAAAAGUAAUAUAAUAAUCCAUCGGUGCUCAAAUAAUAUAAUAAUCAAAUUCAAAUAAAAUAAAAUAUGGAAAUAAAAAGAAAUUCGAGAAAACUAAUGGUUGUCAGAGAAGUCUGCAAGACUGUAAUCGCCAUUGAAACAACAGAUUCACCCGCCACCACGACCCACCUUCUAUCUCUCCACUCACGGUGGCCCGACGAACUCCACCGCCUCAAUACCGUAGGCUCGGCUCUUCGAUUGUUCGAUGAAAUGCCUCAGUGAAUGAUUGCGGCUACAUCCUAUCUCAGAAUCGAACAUGAUAUGGAUAGCAUUAAUCUCACCAGUGCUAGUGCUCUUAUUUACUUCUCUUUGCAAAGUUUUUCUGGAAUCUUUGUCCGCCUCAAAAGCAGCAUUCUUAAACGAUGGUGCGAGUUCUAGAAGGAGAAAUGUCUUGGUGGUUAUUGCUCAUCCUGACGAUGAGUCUAUGUUCUUUGCUCCUGUGAUUAAUUACCUGACUUCUGGGCAUCAUAAUGUACACAUACUUUGCAUGUCAACUGGCAAUGCAGACGGCAUGGGAAGUAUUAGAAAAGAAGAGUUAUACCUGGCCUCCGUGGUUCUCAAGAUCCCAACGCAGCAAGUGAAGAUACUGGACCAUCCAGAUUUGCAGGAUGGUUUUGGCAAAGUGUGGAACUGGAACUUGUUGGCGAGCAUCAUUGAUGAGGAAACUCGUACCCAUUCUAUUGACUUGAUCAUUACAUUUGACGAUUACGGUAUAUCUGGUCAUUGCAACCAUUGCGACGUUCAUCAAGGAGUAAGAAAGUUGUUGCUUGAUGCUUCCGGGAGACGCCUCGAGGCCUGUGAGAUUGUAAGCCCUAACAUAGUGCGCAAGUACAUUGGACCAGUAGAUAUUUGGUUAUCCAUCUUGUUUUGCAGACUUAAAAAAGACGGACCAUCAUAUUGCUUGGUUAACUUAGAUCUCCGUAAAAGUUAUGCAGCUAUGGCUCAGCAUUCCAGCCAAUGGGUUUGGUUCCGCAAACUAUUUGUGACAUUUUCGAGCUGUACUUACGUUACCACCCUUAAGAAAAUCGUGUAAGUCGGUUGCUUGAAUCUAGUUUUCGAGUUGAUUUAAUUCGAAGAAUGUGCAUGAUAUCUCAUGGUGAGUGUUAACUUGUAGCUCUAAGAAUUUAAUUUCAAUUUCUGCUAGAGGAAUCAGCUGUGCUGAUACAUGAUGUGAUAGAGAUUUGCUCUGUUUUUCAUUUAUAAAACAUAGUUUUUGGUGUGUUUGAAUUUCAAA